CUCCUGAAUUAACUUUGAACAGCAUCAACGUUAUCAAUUUCGUAACACAAGUAGACACACAUCAAGAGAAAAUCGUCGACAAACUGCUCAGCAGUUUAGACAAAAUCGAUGUUAUGCAGAAGAGAGACCCGAAUUGCAUGAAAAUUACACGUAAGUUAAGAACACCAGAUUCAGAACUCACAAAAAGAGAACGUCUUGCAAAAGGACAAUUAGCUAAAAGAUACGAGAUACACGAAAUCAAUGGUAGAGAAUUCCUAAUGUUCAGAUACAAGGAUGAUUCAAUUGUACCAGUCCUUCCCGAUGAACUAUUCGCAGACACGAUGAUGUAUAUACAUGAUAUUUUUGGACAUGUUGGUGCCAACAAGUUGACCCAAAUUUUCCGAAGAUUUUAUUAUUCAUCAAAUUCAAAACAUUAUGCUCGAUACCUGACCAGUGCCUGCCUCGCAUGUAAAUCAAACAAAUCCUAUGGAAUAAAGAAACCUGUAGAAUUUUCAUUUGUAGAAGCACAUUGCCUAGCUGACGUAUUAUCUGUAGAUAUCCUAGGACCGAUCGCAAACAGUUCAAAUGAACCUAGAUACCUCUUAGUAGCAAAAGAUAUUUUCUCCGGAAAAAUUUGGUUACAGCUUAUGUUAGACAUAAAACAAGAAACAGUCGCAGACUGCAUGUUAACCAUAAUUAAUAACAUCAAGGAUUUAGGGUACAAAAUCAGAAAAAUCAAUACAGACAACGCUGUUCAAUUUCGUAAUUCACGUUGGAAUCAAACUCUUACAAAACAAAAAAUCACCGUAGGCAAUUCAACACCAUAUAACCCACAGUCCAACCCAGUUGAACGAUCAAUGAGAAUGAUCGGAGAACGCCUACGACUAAAAAUCAAUUUUGACUGUAGAGGAGCGUAUUCCCAUGAAGGAUGGCAUCACUAUACUAAAGAAGUCGAAGACGAAAUCAACAAUUGCCCUAACGAAGUCGGCAUUCUACCUAAUGACCUUUGGGAAAUUAACGAUUUUGUUUUGAACCUACCUAUCGACCGGGUCCCGAUCAAUGCUCACUAUGAGCUAAAAGAAUUACGUAAAACUGCUAGAAACAAACAAGUACCAUCUAUCACGAUAGAAGAACUUAAAUCUACGAAAUUAGAUAUGCUAAACGACGUCUAUACAGCAUCCGAUGGCCACGUAUGGGUUUGGGUAGAUGGAGCUUGCGCAAACAACGGUGACGAAGAUGCAAUUGCUGGUGUCGGAAUCUGUUGGCAUCCGGAAGGAUCGAAGAACAUUUCUGAAAGAAUCAACCACCCAAAUUAUACGAAUACUAACAAUUUAGCAGAGAUCAUGGCACUUAAAAUUGCUAUGGAAACUAUGAUUACCCAUGGAGUUACGAAACUAAUGAUUUUCACGGAUUCUCAAUAUGUCACGUUAGCAAUCAACUCUGAAUGUGAUCGAUGGGUAGAAAACAAAUGGAAAAAUAAUUCCGGAAAACCUGUACAUCACAAAGAGAUUUUCGAAGAAGUAAUUAAAUUGAAACAACAGUUUGACGAAUUCCAUUUAUGUCAUACUUAUGCUCGAAAAACUGAUUACGGAAACUUCACUGCGGAUCAACUUGCAAGAAAGGCUGUAUAUACGGAAGAAGUUGACACGGCUCGAAUAGACUUAAUGUCAUACCACCAGGCAUUAAUCCAUCUGAAUAAAGAAAAAAGAGCGAUUAAACAUCAAAACGAUGAACAGAAGUUCAAUGAGAAAAGAGGUGAUUUACGUUUACACAAACCUGGUGAACUGGUGAUGAUUACGAAUCAUCGUCAAUCAUCAGCAGAUAAACUUGCUUCCGCUAAACUUUAUGUCAAACAGAAUGGGCCAUAUGCGAUUGUGAAGAGGGCAGGCAGAAAUUGUUACGAAAUACAAAAUCUGAAAGAAAAGAAAGACAGAACACUCAUUAGCGUAAGACAAAUAGUAACUUACCUCACGUUACAUCAACUUGAGGCAUUUAGAAAGGAGCCCAAACUCCGAUCGAAAUUUGAUAAACGCUCUUUACAUCAAAAAAUUCGUGCAUUCUGGAAACACAAAGAUUUACUCGAAAAUUUCGUAAAUGAAGAAUAUGAUAAAAAAGUGGCUAAUAAAAAGAGACGUAAACAAUCCGAAUACGAUAAAAUCAGAAGAAAAUUGAAAACUUCAUUGUCAACUAAUGAACAAAAAGAUUUCGAAACUACCCUGGAAAAAACGAUUCCGGAUGUAAAAGAACGUGAAUCAGUUAAACGAGAAGCAGAACAACGUUAUAACCUGCGUAAACGCAAUUCAGCGAUAAAUUAUGACGAAGAUAACGCCAUUAUCAGAAUUAAUCCACGUUUAACAAAGAAAAAACUGACAAUGAAUUCUAUAAUACUGGAAAUAUUGAGUGAAACGCAGCGUGAAACGUUCACUAAAUCAUUUGAAACUGAUUGGAAUUACGUACCAACACACACAGAGUGGGCAAUUAGACAUUAUCGUCGAUUCCGCAGAAAAGAAACUGCCGUAUAA